AUGGUGGAUUACAAGUAUCAAAUGAUUCUCAACAGAAGUGCAUACAUCAGGGCAACUGAAAAAGAAGAAGAACUUCCAUUAGACAAUGUUUAUCGGUUGACUCCAUUUGCACAGUUUCCGGAUUUCAUGGGUUCAUCAGAAGAUAGAGUUGAUGUAUUAUGCAGUGUUAUACAUUUUCAUCCAGUGCAUUUUGUUGCAACAAAAGGGAAAAGUGUGCAGGAAUUCGUCAUUGUAAAUCAAGAACGCUGCCCAAUGUUUCUCAGUCUCUGGGAAGAAUCUUUGCAUGAAGAAGGCCAACGAUUGGUUAACAACAUCCACAAAAAUCCGGUCAUACUGGCUACAAGGCUAGCUGUAACCUCUUUUCACGGUAUUUCUGUUAAUGCACAGCCAAAUAGUGUACUUCUGUUUGAUGCACCAAUUGCCGAAGCCCAAGAAUUAGAAUCAUGGAUCAACGCGAACAAUGAAUACAUAGAGGCGGUUAUCUCCCAAAAGUUAUAUGAAAAAGUGCAUGAGACAAUAACGGCACCAAGUGACUCUCAUGUUCGAAAAAUUGCCCAAGUGAUAAGUUCCAGUAACCCGCCAAGAUCAUUUUGGAUAAAAGCAAAGCCACAGAUUGUUGACAGAGAUCAACGCAUGUUACAAUUUCAAAUACAACUCUCUGAUAAAACUGGCACUCUCAACGCUUUCAUAGAAGGAAAUGAAGCUGAGAAACUCCUCACCAUAUCAGCUGAACAAUUGGCUAAAUACAACAACCAGAAUAAACAUCUAGAUAUUGACAAAAUCAACAACAACCUUGAAAAUUCAGACCGAAUGUUUCACCUGCGAUCAACCAUCAAGAUUCAACAAGAAACACCAUCAAGAUACAUUGUCACCACAUAUCUUCCGUCAUCUACAUCAUCCUCAACAGCAGUAGAAUCCAGCGACAAAGAAACCUCUUCAAACUCUCCGAAAACACCAACCACAAACGUUGAAAUGACUGACGAAGAAACCAGCGCAUCCAACCAGCCAGAAAUGCAGACUCUACCUGUGAAAAGAGAUCUUUCAUCAACAGCAAAACAAACGCAGAGAUCCACAAAACAUGCAAAACAAGAUUAA